AUGUGGACUUGGCCCGCCUUAAUUUCCAAACCGGAGAUAAGGGGCAAAUUCAAAUCCAGUACCAAGGAAGGGAUAAGUGGUAUAAUCUCUACCAGACUCGCCAGUAAUCUCCCAAAAGAAAUCAAAGACGCAUUAGGAGAACCCAAUUUGGCGGAAAGACUAAGAGGAAAUAGUGAGGAUAUUAACGAAUCCUUCGAAAGAGUUAAGGCUAUAAUGCGGCGGCAACAAAAAGGCGUCGAGGCAAUAAGGGAAGUCGAAGGACUAAAGGAAACAAUGGAUGAAAGGGAGGAGGAAUACAUGAAGCAAUAUCGACUGUUGACGGAUUCCAACAAACGCGAAAGCAAGGAAUUAAAUCGCCGUAUCGACAUAUUAGUACAUGAAAGGAAUGAUGCUAGGCGAAACUUCGAUCGCGCAGUCAGGGAUAUUGGGGAUAGAGACGCCGAACUUAGACGCGUAACUGCAAAGCUGGAGGCGUCGGUAAUGCAAGAACGGCGGUUAAACGCGGAAAUCAUCGCAAAGGAGGAGCAACUUCGGCAGACAACGCAAGCGAUUGAGGACUUGGAGCACGAAAUGGAUCGACGGCGGGAAAUAAUCGAAGACCAUACUCGCGCCGAAAGAGAAAGGGAAGCAGCCCAAGCGCAAAUAGGAACUCUCGAGGAAAGGGUCGCAGAAUUACAAGCACACAAAGAAGGUUUGGAAAAAGAAUUAGGUCUUACCACCAAGGAAAAGGUAAAGAGAUUCCUUAUGAAGUAUGGCAUUCCGCUGGCAUUUGCUGUCGCCAUUUCAAGCGUAGUAGGAGUAAUCCUUAGCACACUUAAUGCUGCAGGUAAAGGAGCAAAGGCGAUGGGAAAGAAGUUAGGCAAUGGGCUAACGGACUUAG